GCACUUCCGCUUCCGUCGUCUAGUCAAGCAGACACAUCCAUAUACAUCCGAGUAAAAGCUACAAAACAUGGUUUCGACUGUCGUGAGAAAUGGCGGCAGAAUCCGACGGUUUUGUACAGCUUCGAUCGAAAAGUCUAUGCACUCGAACCAUGUGGAUACGCAUUCUCAACUUCAGGAUCUCAUCGAUUCGGGGAAAUUGCGAGUUGCUCGCCAAGUGUUUGAUAAAAUGCCACGGAGAGAUAUUAAAUCAUGGACAGCCAUCAUGAAGGGAUACGUAGCUGCAACAAAGCCUGAAGAAGCACUGAUUCUGUUCUCUGCAAUGCGUGUUGAUCCCUUGGGUGUCUCAGGCGAUACCUAUGUUCUAAGUGUCGCACUCAAGGCUUGUGGUCAAAGUUCCAACAUUGCAUACGGAGAAUCUUUACAUGCCUAUGCCGAGAAAACUUUUCUGCUGAGCUCUGUCUUCGUGGGAAGUGCUUUGUUGGAUAUGUACAUGAGAAUCGGAAAGAUCGACAAGAGCUGCAGAGUUUUCGCUGAAAUGCCUUUUAGAAAUAGCGUUACGUGGACAGCAUUCAUAACAGGGUUGGUUCACGCUGGUCUUCACUAUGAAGGGCUUCGGUACUUUUCCCAGAUGUCGAGAUUCAAACAGCUAUCGUCUGAUACUUUUGCCUUUGCAAUUGCCUUGAAGGCUUGUGCCGAUUUGCGUCAAGUUAAAUACGGAAGGGAGAUUCAUACUCAUGUGAUUGUCAAAGGCUUUGCUGCUAUUCUCUGGGUGGCUAACUCGCUCGCUACAAUGUACACCGAAUGUGGGGAAAUGCAAGACGGCCUUCGUUUGUUUGAAAGCAUGAGUGAGAGGGAUGUGGUUUCGUGGACAAGCCUUAUCACGGCUUAUAUUCGGAUAGGUCAAGAGGAGAAAGCCGUAAACACUUUCUUACUCAUGAGAAAUUCUCAAGUUUCUCCAAAUGAACAAACUUUUGCGUCGACGUUUGCUGCGUGCGCGAGUCUUUCUAGACUUGUGUGGGGCGAGCAGCUCCACGGUAAUGUUUUCUCUCUUGGACUUGGAGAUUCUUUGUCUGUGAGUAACUCGAUGAUGAAGAUGUAUUCGACAUGUGCCAAGUUAGACUCUGCUUCUGUUUUGUUUCAAGGAAUGAGAUGCAGAGACAUUAUUUCAUGGAGCACGAUUAUCGGAGGGUACUCUCAAGCCGCUUUUGGAGAAGAAUGUUUUAAAUACUUCUCAUGGAUGAGACAAGCAGGGCCACAACCAACGGAUUUUGCUCUUGCUAGUUUGCUGAGUGUGUCAGGAAUCAUGGCAGUUCUUGAGCAAGGCAGGCAAGUUCAUGCGCUUGCUCUUUAUCUUGGUUUAGAACAGAAUCCCACUAUUCGUAGUGCUCUGAUCAAUAUGUACUCGAAAUGUGGAAGUAUCAUAGAAGCUUCAAAGGUAUUUGAAGAAAAAGACAGAACUGAUAUCGUUUCUUUGACAGCCAUGAUCAAUGGAUAUGCAGAACAUGGAAAGUGCGAAGAAGCGAUUGAUCUGUUUGAGAAGAGUCUCAAGCUUAGUUUCAGACCCGACGAUGUAACUUUCAUCAGCGUUCUCACUGCCUGCUCUCACUCGGGACAGCUUGACCUCGGGUUUCAAUAUUUCAACUUGAUGCAAGAGAAUUAUAAUAUGAGACCAGCCAAGGAGCACUAUGGUUGCAUGGUUGAUCUUCUAUGUAGAGCAGGACGGCUCAAUGAUGCAGAGAAGAUGAUCAACGAGAUGCCAUGGAAGAAGGACGAUGUAGUCUGGACCACACUUCUCAGAGCGUGCAAGGAAAAAGGGGACGUUGAACGAGGAAGAAGGGCGGCCCAGAGGAUUCUAGAGCUAGAUCCUACUUCUUUUACUACACUUGUAACAUUAGCCAAUAUACAUUCAAGUACAGGGAAUUGGAAAGAGGCUGCAAAUGUAAGGAAGGAUAUGAAAUCAAAAGGCGUGAUCAAAGAGCCCGGAUGGUCAUCAAUUUUGAUCAAGGAUCAGGUUUCAGCCUUUGCAUCUGGCAGUCUGUCCCAUCCACAAAGUGAAGAUGUAUGCAGUAUCUUGGAAUUAGUAGUAAUUGAUUCAGAGGCUCAUAGAUACGAUUGUGCAAUAAAGAGAGCUUUUGGGUUGAUUCAAAUUUGUGGGUUUUAACUCUUAACAUGUUCCAGACGAUA